GAGGAGGGACACUAUAGGGUACGGACUUGUUAUCGUGUAACGCCCGGUGUUUGAGUUUUGGGAUGGAGUUUCGUUGACUGUCUUGUCAGUCGAUUUUUAAUCUCUGAUAUCGUUCUAUUUUGUUACACAGCGAAAUACAUCGGGAGCACAAACCCGAACAUCAUGGCAGAAAAUAUUAUCAUCAGGGUUCAGUCCCCGACCGGGAUGAAGAAGAUCCCUGCCACCAAGAAGGAGACAGCAGCCGCUUUCCUCAAUAAGGUGGGCAAAGAGUUUGGCUUCACCUCCAACGGCUUCUCCAUCUAUCUGAACCGCAACAAGACCGACGAGAUCCGGUCCCAGAGUAAGACCCUCAGCCUGCUGAAGAUCAAACAUGGAGACAUGCUCUACCUGUACCCCUCGGGCUCCCCGGGACCAGCAGGAGAGACCAUGGACGUGGCCACGCCUCACUCGUCAUCAUCACUUCCCUCCACCUCCCAUUCCUCCUCUUCCUCCUCCUCUUCUUCCUCGUCCGUGAUGUCACGCUCCCACUCGGCACCCCACAUCUCAGAGGACGAGAUCGACCAGUACCUGGCCAAGCAGGAGGGAAAGAUCUACAGGAACAAAGAUCCACAGCUGUGUCGACAUGGAUCGAUGGGAAAGUGUGUGCACUGCGUACCACUAGAGCCUUUUGACGAAGAGUACCUGAGCCAUCUAGAGCCACCUGUCAAGCACAUGUCAUUCCACGCCUACAUCCGCAAGCUGACAGGAGGCGCUGACAAAGGGAAGUUUGUGGCCCUGGAGAACAUCAGCUGUAAGAUCAAGUCGGGCUGCGAAGGCCAUCCUCCCUGGCCAGAGGGGAUCUGCACCAAGUGCCAGCCCAGCGCCAUCACCCUCAAUAGACAAAAAUACAGACAUAUAGACAACAUCAUGUUUGAGAACCACACCAUCGCAGACCGUUUCCUGGACUUCUGGAGGAAGACGGGCAGCCAGAGGAUGGGUUUCCUGUAUGGCAGGUACACGGAGCACAAAGACAUCCCUCUGGCCAUCAGAGCGGAGGUCGCUGCCAUCUACGAACCCCCACAGAUUGCCACCCAGAACAGUGUUGAGCUGGUAGAGGACCCUAAAGCUGCAGCUGUGGAGGAGAUCGCAGCCAAGCUGGGCCUGCGCAAGGUGGGAUGGAUCUUCACUGACCUGCUCUCUGAGGACACCAGGAUAGGCACGGUCAAAUACACCAGGAACAAGGACUCGUACUUCCUUAGUGCGGAGGAGUGCAUCACGGCUGGACACUUCCAGAACCAACAGUGUAACCCCUGCAGACUCUCACCCGACGGACACUUUGGAUCCAAGUUUAUCACUGUGGUGGCCACAGGUGGUCCUGAUAACCAGGUGCACUUUGAGGGUUACCAGGUGUCUAACCAGUGCAUGGCCCUGGUCAGAGAUGAGUGUCUACUGCCCUGCCGAGACGCCCCGGAGCUGGGCUACGCUAAAGAGUCCAGCACGGAGCAGUACGUACCAGACGUCUUCUACAAGGACAAAGAUAAAUUUGGCAAUGACAUCACAUAUUUAGCCCGGCCUCUUCCUGUGGAGUACCUUAUCAUAGAUAUAACCACCACCUUCCCCAAGGACCCCCAGUACACCUUCAGCUCCACACCACGCUUUCCCAUAGAGAACAGAGACAUCCUGGGAGAGACACAGGAUUUCCACAGUUUAGCUACGUACCUGUCCCAGUGCACCUCCACUGUAUUCCUGGACAUGGUGUCUGACUUCCACCUGCUCCUCUUCCUGGUCACCAACGAGGUCAUGCCUCUCAGAGACAGCAUUGGUCUGCUGUUGGACGCUGUGAAGACGGAAGACGAGGAGCUGGCUCAGACCUGGAAGAAGUCUGAGCAGUGGGCCACCAUCGAGCAGCUGUGCAGCACGGUGGGUGGGCAGUCAUCGGGCCCUCAGGAGUACGGGGCCGUGGGCGGGGGCCCCUCUACCCCAGCGUCGUCCUCAGCCAUGUGGUCCUGCCUCCACUGCACCUUUAUGAACCAGCCAGGCACAGAGUUCUGUGAGAUGUGCAGCCUGCCGAGGGGUUAAACCCCAUCCCUCCUGUGGCCCCCUGCCCUGUUUCCCUAACCCCUCUACCACCCGGUCUCCAGCCCGGCCCGCUUCCUUACGCACAUCAUCGCACCGGGAUUGGAUACCGCAAACAGCUGCGUGAUUGGAUGUCUCCUCCUCUUGGCCCCUGGCCCUCUGUCCCUCCCAUCUGACUGCUAUGGGGUUGACAAGCGCAAAACGAAUGGCAUUCGUUUACACCAAAUCAAGUGAUUUAACAAAUGACUGUGCUCUCAUCUCUCGCAGGCUCUGCCGUGGCCCCUGACUGAGACUGGCUGGGACAUGUUUAGCUAAAAGCACUUUGGCAACAAGGCUUCUUCUUCCCUCUUCCUCCCCAUGGCCCCUUAUAUUCCUCUAUGACCUGGCUCCAAUAAAUAUUGCUGUGCUUCAGGACAACAGCAAAAUAAAGACUUUACAAUUUGAAGUUCUCACUCACACCGACCAGUGCCCCCCACUCGCUCUCACGACUUAAUCUGGAAAGUCUGUGUAAAUAAUAUACAUUAUUUGAGGAAUGAUUGAUGCUGUUUAUUUAAUUGCACAUGAAGUGUUUUGUUUUCCUGAUUGUAGCUACAGUAUAUAUUGGGACUUUUGGAAUCUGCUUGGGUCUGUUUUUCUCAGCCAGAUAGUUUUUGUAGAACUCUCACUCAUUCUCCAACAGUUAUCAGACAGUGACGGUCUAUCCAUAAGAUCUCUUGAUUGGCCCAAACCUCUUCAGAGUUAUUAAACUAUCAGGCUCUUCAGUAUCAUAAACCUAACUUCUUUAUUUAGUCUUUUGUAUUGCAGGAGUGAUGUGUUCUUGGUUGCUCAGGCACUUCCCCUAAGUUGAUGCCCUGACCUCAGGAGUGAGUUUGGAGAGAUGGGUCCUAGCGUUAAUGAAACCAUUAGAUUUUGGGUUAUUUGUUAACUUUGCUAAUGUUAUACCUCCAGUUGAAGCUUAUACUGUAUAGUACGCCAUAUUUGUUUUGAUGGCAGCUUUGAGAUGCUUACUUACUGGGUUAGCUACCAACGCUGCACCUCUUUCUCUCCUUCCCUCUCUUCUUGCAUCGGUUCUCCUCUCUUUCGACUGGCGCUCGUCCAGAGGGGCCAGACCGUAUAGAAUGGGUUUUUUCCUCUGACGGGCCCCUAUGGAUCGCCAUCACUCUGCCUUCAAAGAUACCUUAAUGGUCCAUGCCUUCCAGCAGGCCAAUGUGCUGUGCACCUGGGAUGGAGAGAGGAAGGAAGAUGGCGAGGGAAGGAGGGAGGGAGAAAGAGAGAUUGCGAAGGAACGGGGAAAGAUGGCGGCCAGGCAGGGUUAAGAGCUCAGGGUGUGUUUGCUUCUGUUACAGAGAACCAAUAUUUUCUCUCCACACUAACAGCUGUAAAACUGAACUCAUUCCAACGGUAGUAAUUUGACGUCAAAUAACUGAUGUCCACAGCACAGGCAAUUCAGUAGGGAAUGUUUUCUCUUCUCAUGCCCCCGUUUAGAUACAGGUUACAAUGAUCCAGGUACCCCAUUUAAUGUCUGAGAAUAGGAACGGGUUAGUGGUUAGCACGGACAAGUACUUAUUCCAGAGUAUCUCUUGGUCAGCGCUGGGGAGGUGUGUGUGUCACUUCUCAUAGAUCGCUGAUUCAAUUAAUUCAGCUUUAUAUUCUUGAAAUAAAGUGCCCAAACCUUUACACUGCUAUUUUGAUGGCAUUCAAUGAAAUCCUUGGUUUGAUUUGUUUUAUUUAUAAUUUGACACUGUAGCAGUCAGAUUUAGUCCAACAGAUACCUCAACUUUUUCCAGCCUUCAAAUAUUUCCUUUUGAGGGACUUUGGUCUAAAUAUGUAGCGAGCGCAUGUCCAAGCGGUUGAGCCUGUCGUCACUUGAGGUUUCCUUCCAUUUUGGGGCUGCUAUCAGUAAAUUGUCCUUCUCAGUUGAAUGGAGAGGUGGGGUCAUGGGUUUCAAAUUAUGCUAUUUAUAAAGAUUUGCUUUUUUGUAAGCGCUCGGGAGUAAUUUCCAUUGAAAAAGUGAGUGUUUUUAGUUUGUAGAUUAAUUUGAAAAUGGUCUAAGGUUAUUUUGCCUGUUUCCCCUGUGUGAGUUGUUGAGAAAGAUUAUCUGAAAAUGCAUAAAUUAAGUCCCAGCUCUGGUCCAGUGGUUUACGUGCGGCUUGUUGAUGCUGAGUUUCAGCCACACGUAACGCCCUGGACCAGAGCUACAUAAAGCCUAACUUCCCCCUCUGAGCUGAAGAAUGGGACCCUGAAAGAAAGUUGUAUGAUGCUGUAGAUCUGGAUUUUAAUUUAAUAUCAGAAAUACCAGUCAAACAAUAAACAAUUCCUAUCAAUGGA